AUGAACAGACUUAGUCUGGAUAUCCUAGGCGUUGCAGAAACCUGGUGGCCUGGGGUGGGAGAGUGCAAUGUGGAUAACGGCGUAUUCUUUUACUCUGGUAAUGAAGAUCCAAAACACAGGAAAGUGGACUUUGUUCCAUACUCGGAUCGCACUGCUUUAUUAAAACUCAGAGCCAAGCCAAGUGAUCUUAAUAUAAUACAGGUAUACGCUCCAACUGCAGAUUCGCCGGACCAUGAUGUGGAAAGAUUCUAUGAUGAAGUCAAAGAACUGCUCAAAUUGACUAAAAAACACGACGUCAACAUAAUUAUGAGUGACUUCAAUGCCAAAGUAGGAAAGGGUAAAUUUGAGGAAAUUAUUGGUUCCUAUGGUCUUGGGGAAAGGAACGAAAGGGGCGAUCGACCUCUGCAAUUCUGCCAAGGAGAGGGCAUGAAAAUAACAAAUACGGCGUUUCAACUUCACUCUCGCCGUCUCUAUGCCUGGAAGUCUCCAGUCGACCGACCGGACAAUGUAAUACGAAACCAAAUAGAUUUCAUCCUCAUUAACCAAAGGUUCAGCUCAACCAUCAAGGGAGCCAGCACCUACCCUGGCGCCGAUGUUCCCUCUGACCAUGUGCUAUUAGUGGCCGUAAUGAAAAUUGCUUUAUCGAGUCAAAGAAAGCCAACCACACAGCGACGAAUGGCGUUAGAAGGAAUGAGGGAUCCAAUAGUAAAAUCGGAGAUGAGUGACGAAAUCAACACACAAAUUCAAGCAAUAAUACCGAAUAUGGGAGAAGAACCAACACAAUCUUGGACAAAGAUAUUGUAUCAAAUUUAA